AGGAAAUAAAGCUUAUUCGCUCAAAACUCGCGGUGGAAAAAUCCCUGUUUAUUGUCACAUGACCAGAAAUGGAAUUGGAAAAUGUGGAGGUGGGGGAUGGACGCUGGUCAUGAAAAUUGAUGGCCAUAAGCAAACAUUCCAUUACGAUUCUAGUUAUUGGACCAAAAAGAUCUCCUUCAAUCCUCAAGGAGGAGCAACUGGGUUCGAUCAUCGCCAGACCAAGCUACCUACCUACUGGAGUACACCAUUCUCCAAGAUCUGCCUCGCUAUGAAACUCGGUACAGAGAUGAGAUCGUUUGUCGCCCACAUGCGAGCCAACUCUUUACACUCGCUGAUCGCUGAUGGGAAAUAUCGAAAGACAUCCAACGGUCGAGACACGUGGAAGUCGUUGAUUGGUCGGAGAGCAUCGUUACAGGAACACUGUAACAGGGAAGGGUUCAACGUAAUGAGUGACUCGGGACCAGGCUCGAGUAAGGCCAGGAUUGGAAUCCUUAGUAACAAUGAAAACAACUGCUGGAGCUGUGACUCGAGGAUAGGUUUUGGCACAGGGAGCCCAAAAUGGAGAUUCCUUAACUCCAACACGUGCGGCAACUCGCACGGCUAUGACGCUAAGGUUCAGAUCAAAACCAUGGGGUACAUUCUGGUGCAGUGAAGUAUAAAGAUAAAAGUCAUCUACAUCCGCUGUUUGAUUGAUACACAAGUUCAGCACUAACUCGUUUUGAUUGUGUAGAAUUGGAAGCAACAAAUAAAAUGAGGAAUGGUAUAAAAA